CGGGGUUUGGCUGCUUAGCAAUUCAUCCACAUUCGUCCGUUAUCUUCCUCUACCCUCUUCGCAAUUCUCCCAAUCCUUCCAAGUUCUCAUUCCCCUCUGACUCCCACCCCCCUUGCAUCCGAAUCGUCUGCCCUGCACAUAUUGCAGGGUGCUCAGAGAUCAAAUCACCAUGAAACUAAUCCUCUCCACCUCAAAUCUGAUGCUAGGCGGCCAUCCCAUCAUCCGUCAACUGACCGAAAAGUCCAAUGUCGAACUGAUCAACUCCCUGCGUGCCAACUUCCAAGCCGCGCAGCAACAGCGCAGCGACGGGGCCCCGACGACGGCGACGGCGACGGCGACAACGACAGCGAAAACAGAGCAGGGAGCACCGCGCUACGCAUCGUGGACGAAACAACACGAUGACGCCCUAUACAUCCCAUCCACGGAGUUCGGGUACGGGCUGUCGGAGGAGCGGUCGGCGUACGACAUCACCGUCAAACUCUUCUACCUGCCGGGGAUCCCGGCGUCGCGGCGGUGCGCGCACACGCGGGAGGCGAUCGACCUCGUGCUCCGGGAGCUGCACGUCGACUCGAUCGAUCUGCUGAUUGUCUCGUUUCCGGGGAUCUUGUUCGACGCGGAUGAUGAUAGCGAGGUGGAGGAGGACGAGGACGAGGAUGCGGACGCGGACGGGGCCGCCGGGUCGUCGGAUGCCGGCAGCGAGGAGGAUGAUUUCGACAGUAUUGUCCAGACGUGGCGGACGCUGGAGGGGCUGCAGGCGCAGGGGAUGAUCAAGCAGCUGGGCGUGGCGGAGUUUGGCAGCGAGCGGCUGGCGCGCUUCCUGCCGCAUACCAAGGUCAAGCCGUCGGUGGAUCAGAUCAACCUCAAGGACUGCUGCGUGGUGCCCAAGUCGUUGAUCCUGUACGCCAAGCAGGAGCGGAUCCAGCUGCUGACGCACAACGACUGCAUGGACAUCCUGCCCGUGGGCACGACCCGGGAGCUGCUGGGGCCCGGCGCCAAGGGCGCGGGCAUCCUCGCCUCGGCGCCGGACGCGGACGAUGGCAUCCAGGGCGACGUGGCGCCGCAGUGGGUGGUCAAGUACACGGCGGUGGUGAAGGAUCGCGGGGUGGUGGAGAACAAGGGCUACUUUGCACUGGCGGACGUGGGCAGCUGCGUCAAGCCGUGAUGUGUGUGAUGAUAUUGUGAUCUGCAAGCAUUCCACGAUUUGCAUGGGGCAGCGCGGCGUUUCUUUCUUUCUUUUUUUGUGUACUUCCUUGAAAUUUAGUG